AUGGCGUCGGCCUCGCUUUGGAGCUCGGAGGAAGCGGAAUUGAAUUCGCUUCAAAAUCUUGACGUCCAUAUUAAGGCUGUACAGCGUGCAGGUCUUUUGCAGGAGAAGGCACAAGCGGAGGCGCAUCUUGCGCUCGAGUCGGAGCAGCGCCGCAUCGAGGAAACCCUGAGGCAGCUAGACCUGUGUGAGCAGCAAGAAGCGGCGGCAAGCGAAUGGGUCUUGGGUCCAGUACGUCCGAAAAUUCAGUACUCGCUGCCGCUACUGCGCCGCGAAGAUGUGGAUGCUAUUCCUCUCCUGCGCGCUCACGCACAAGCGCGACGACAGACCAGAGCGCUGCUCUCCUCGCCGCCGUGGAGUAAUCGCGAUCUGGAAUGCCUUAAGGUCGCAGUUUGCAAUGAGAUAACGCGACAGCAGGCACUCCGCGGAACUGUUGCGGAUCUCGAUUGGACUCGCAUCGCGAUGCAUGUGCCGUAUCAUACCCCUGCGGAUUGUCGCACACGAUGGGCGUUUCACGAGCGUCCUGGCCUGAACCACAGUCGUUGGGGGGUUGCGGAAAAGCGCGACCUGGUGAGCUAUGUCGAGCGCGAAGGUUCACCCGCGUGGGAUGAGGUCGCAGCUGUUCUCCAGCCAGGGCGCACAGGCUACCAGGCAUUUGAGAUGUAUCAGCGCACCGUCAAGCCCAAGAUUGAGUGGACGCCUGAGAAGGACGCAGCAUUGAUGCAGGCUGUGCAAGAACUUGGCCCGGACUGGAAGCUCGUGGCAUCGCGUCUAGAGCUUCCCAAUACCAGUGCAAGCCUGUGUCACCAGCGGCACAUCCAGCUGAAGAAACAUACGGUGGUUAUGGGUCGCUGGAGCGCUACAGAAGAUGCUGCACUUCGCGCUGCUGUCGCACAGUUUGGAUGUGACUGGAAGAGGGUCGAGGUCUGUGUGCAAGGACGCACCAGUCAGCAAUGCCGCGAGCGCUGGGUCGGACGACUGGCGAAUAUACCCGAGGGCGAAACACAGGCGGUGCGGCGCGCUUGGUCCAAAGAAGAGGACGAGCGGCUGCGAGCAUGUGUACACUCUUGCAAGUCAUGGGUCCAAGUAGCCAACUAUGUUGGUGGGCGCACAGACAAGAUGGUCCGUGAGCGGUGGCUUCUGCUACAGCGGCGCGAAGAAGAAGAGCGGCGCAAGCGCGGCGAAUCCAUUCCGCCGCGGCCGACGGCUCGCUCCAAGCCGGGCUCGUGA